CUAUGGCUGAGCAAGCGGCGACAGGGGAUAGAGGGUGAGUAUAAUGUGUCCUACCUUCAUUUAUCUACCUGGUUGAAAAAUGUUAGUCAAAGUGUGGAAGUGACUCUGGAUGUCAGAAAACCGUGAACGUUUAAACGGAUAUGUAUGACUGAGUAUGACUCCGGAUUGCAGCUGCAUGUUGUUGUCAAACACGAGUUCAGUCAGGAAAGUUCCCAAGAGUCUGACAGUAAAGUUGAGGUAAGAUGAAUAUACUGUCAUGAUGCCUCUGAAGGGAUUCUUACACGAGAGAGGACUGCUGUCAGGACAGGACUCAGACAGUAACACAACUUUUUGGACAACACCUGUGAGCGAUCACAUUGUGAAUGUCUCCCACAGUUAUUCAAAACAGAUACUAUGGUGUAGAUAUUAUACUAUAUGUCCCUUUUUUGUACUGACUAAAAAUUGAUCACCACCACGGGUCAGUCUAUGUCUGUGUCUUUGUCUGUCAGUGUCUGUGCCUGUCUGUGUCUGUAAACACAGUCACUUAGUUGGCUUUUGCCCUCUUACACUCUCUGUUUCACUUUCAUGAUGCUGCAGGGUGGUUCACAGAUUGUUGUCUGUUGUUGGUGCUGACAGUCUGGUUGACAGUGUGUGGGGCUACGUGGACUCCACUAUAAGGUAAGUCUGUUUUUAUUCAACCACACAAUGGAGCACACCAAGCAGAUCUGCAGCAUUACACUGUCAGAUUUAUUCAACUGCUUCCACACAGUGAUUUGGCUACAGCCAGUCCUCCAUAUUGCAGUUGCAUACCUAGCAAAAGUCUGCUUUUCAUGGCAACAGUCAGCUAUUGUGAAAUAACUUACAGGUGCUGUGCAAUGACCAAUUAUUAGCAUGAGCAGUUUUGGUGGAACUCUCUAGCAUAAUCUCAAUAGUUAAGGUCAGUGGAGCUGGAAUAAGUAAAAGAUAUCCAGAUUAUUUUUAACUCACUUCAUGUUGUUGGCCCCUGGUGUGCUUUUAGGGUUGUCUACCAUCUAUUUCGAUAUUUGUAGUUUUUAUAAACCCCUGUUGAAUAAAAUCAGAACACAGUGGUUUUCAAAUCCCUUUCCACCUAAAUUCACUUGAAUCCUCUACAAAGAUAUCUACUGUUCAAACUGAAAAACUUGAUUUUUUUUGUUGUUGUAAAUAUUCACUCAUUUUGAAUUUGGUGCUGUAACACAUUCUUAAAAACCUGGUUCAGGGUCCUGUUUUCCACUGUACUUCAUCACCUUUCCUUUAACAACACUCAGUAAGCCUUUGUGAACUCAGGACACUAACUGUUGAAGCUUUGGAGGUGACUUCUUCACAGUCUUGAUUAAUGGACCACUUCAGCUGAUCUACAGUCUGGGGUCUCAAUUGUGGUAUUUUGGCCUUCAAAAUGCUCCACUCAUUUUCAAUGAAAGACAGGGCUGAACUGCAGGCAGGCCAGUCGAGUACCUGGACUCUGAAGUCCCACCAUUAUAACUCGAAUGUGUCUCUGUGUGUUCUUGCUGAAAUUGGCAGGGACUUCCCUGAAAAAGCCAUGGCUCUAACGUCAGCAGAUGUUGCUCCUAAACCUGUAUGGGCCUUCAACAUUAAUGGAGCCUUUACAGAGGUGACAGUUAGCCGUUGACACUAACACACCCCCUAGACCAUCACAGACUCUGGCUUUGACCUUUGACCUGAGAACAGUUGGGAUGGUCCUAAAAUGUGGACUCGUCAGACCACAGCACACUUUUCCAUAUCAGUAUGGAGAAGUUUUCCUCACCUGUUUCUAAUGAACCUGUUCACCUAUGGAAGGAUCCAAACAGGUGUUUUUGGAGCAGUCCUCAGUUUUCAGUCUUUAUUUGACUCUUAACCUCCUAAGACCCGAACUCUUGCAAGGCAUGCAUUUUUAUUUUCUCUUUGAUAUUUAAGCUAAUUGGGACCUGAUGAGUGUAAAAACAAAGAAUGGUCUUUUUACAUGAUGUAGUUUCUGAGAAAAUGAUGUCCACAUAUGAGGACAUUCGUUUUAAAUUUUGAGAGAAGGCCCUUGUGAACAAAAUUUAAUAUUGUGGUCUUGACAACCAAAAAUGUGAUGUCCACACAUGUGGACGCCAGGUCUUAGGAGGUUAACCAACUUUUUAGGAACGUGUUACAGCAUCAAAUUUGAAAUGAGUGAAAAUGUACAAAAAUCAAGUUUAUCAGUUUGAACUUUAAAUAUCUUUAGAGUAUUCAGGUGAAUUUAGGUGGGAAAUUAUUUGAAAAUCACUGUUCUCUGUUUUUAGACACGUUUUACAUGAACGAGCCAGUGACCAAUGACUCAAUGAGCCAGUGACCAGUGACUCAUUCUGGUCACUGGCUCUGUGUGUUUUUUCUUUUUUUUUUUAAUUUUCAUUUUUUAUUCAUUUUUCAAAAGGCAUGGUACAUGGCAUAUGUUUCACAAGCUUUUGUUUCCAGAUCAUAGAAACAUCUGGCACACUUGUAUUAUGUUGGGAUGGUUCUCCCGUGUUAGUUGCUUAUAGUUCUAUUUCAUCCCUGCUGACCGCCAGAGGCGGUGCUUAAAGCACUGAAUAUUCCCUUCGCGCAUGUAUUGUUCGAGUACUUAUACCAAAAUGGUCCCGUGUGACCCCUGAUGCUCCGGGGAGAGUCUAUGACUUCCAGAGGCCAUCAGGGGGUCAGUCCCUUUUCUCUUCUCGUGCGAUCGAGUUGUGGAACUAUUCCCUCACUUGUUUAAUUAUUAAACUGCGCUUGUGGGCAAAGUCACUUGUGGUUCCAUGGCCAUACAUUGGUCGGAGCAGCGAGCGUUCGCCCUCCAGGAACUGCGACUUGGAACGCUGCCGGAUCUAGCACCUGGAUGCUAUAGCGCACCAAUUAGCGUCUCACCGGCGGUUAGGAAGGAUUCUCGCUACCCCUCUGGGCAGCGGCAGGUAAGACCGCUGGCGGUGAUAUCCGCGUUUGAGUCGCUCAUGAUGGAGCGACUGUGAUUUGUGUUUGUUUCGUACCUCCGUUGGUAUAGGCGGCGUGCGCGCCGUCUAAGGUUGCUUCGAACGGUGCCAUUAGCACUCCGUUGUUGCUUCAAUUUAAAGUCUUCUUUCCUUUUUUUUUCCGGGUAUCCCGCUGUAUUGCUACAGCGGCGUUUUGUUUUCUGGAUCGCCCCCCCUGCGGCAAGUGGGGGUGCUUUCUGCUCCAAGCGUGAAAGCUUGUUUGGUUGCUUGGUUGAUGCUGGGUUUUCCUUUCGUUCUACUUAAAUUCAAAUUCCAUUUAGAGUUCCAUGUGCGAACUCUGGGUCUUCUUGCUAUACAGUCACUCUGCGUAGCUUGUGGUUUGUAGUGCCUCUGCUGGUGCAGGCAGCUACGCGCUCCCUUCCCCUAGCCUAUGGUUCCUAUGGUUUAGCUAGUCGCUAACAGUGGGGUUUUCUUUCAUGUUUUGGAAACUUUCCCGUUGUUAGUUCAUGUAAAUUUUGCAUUCCCCCAGCCUGUGGCCUCUACUGUGUAGCUAACUACAAGUAGUGGAUGGUCUAAUUGAAAAAAAAAAAACAUUUGUUUGUACAAUGUACUUCUAUAGAUAUUAUCAUCAUUAGUAUUAUUUUUAUUGCUAUUUUCAUUGUCAUCACCAUCAUUAUUAUUGAUAGUGAUAUUAAUGAUAUUUGCUAAACAAUCACUUCUGGUGACAGCCUCUGCUGGUGCAGGCGGCAUAGGUGCUUCCUCCCCACAGCAAGUUGUUUGUACCCCAACCACACGUCAGCCUCUGCUGGUGCAGGCGGCGUAUGCGCUUCCUCCCCACAGCAAGUUGUUUGUACCCUUACCACACGUCAGCCUCUGCUGGUGUAGGCAGCAUACGCGCUCUCUCCCCCAGCGUACAGCUAAGUACAGGUUCACAACCACAAACAGUGGCGAGCGCGCUCUGUCCUCGUGGUGACCAGUGAUGGAGGGCUCACACUUUUGUUCCUCCUGCGAGGCCCCUUCUCCAGCCAGACAAUGGCCACGACCUGUGUCCCAGGUGUCUUGGUCCUGAGCAUCUGAGGGAAGCGCUGGACAAUUGCCAUAGCUGCAUGAACUGCAGCUAUAUGCCUCUAGCUGUGAGGGCUUCCAGGCUGGCUGAGAUAGGGCAGCCACAGGGUGGGGAUACUCUUCCUCCAUCAGGCCAGCCCCCUCCACCCCGAACCAGGCAGUCAAGGCGUUCAGAUGAGGUCUUUGUUAAUGGCCCGCCAGCCUGACUCCCCUUCAGAGGAGGCAGGGGUACCUGACCCUCCAAUGCCCCAUCUCACGCCGGAGGAGGACACAAUCUCCCUGGCAGCCUCAGCCACUCAUUUUCAUGAAGAUUGGGAAGACACAGAAGGCAGCGCAUCCCAGGUGUCCGAUCCAGGCUCGUACUCCUCUGGCCAGAGCUCCCGGACAGAGACGGGAGAGCACUCUAUGCGCACAGUUAUGCGCAUGGCCUUGGAGCGCCAAAACUUGGAUGUCCCACAGGUGGAAAACUCUGCACCCGCAAGUGCUUUCUUCAGGCGCAGGCCGCCACCCACUGCCUUUGCUGUACCUCACUUACCGGACAUACUGAGGGAACUACAAGCUGGUUGGAUGGACACUAGGGCCAGCUCCCAUAUGUCUGCUGAUGCUCGAACUCUGGCAGCCAUGCAAAAUGGGGCAGCAGUGGGCCUGGAUCAUAUGCCAGCUGUUGAGCCAGCCAUCGCAUCCCUCAUCAUCUCCCCUGACGAGGCUCCGCACCAGGAGACCAGGUGCCCCCGGCCCCAGUGCAGGAUAACUGAUGACCUGCUUGUUAGGGCUUAUGAAUCUGGGGCACACGCUGGCCGCAUUGGGAACUCCCUCUCACACCUUAUGCUGGCUCUCUCAGCCUCCCUGCAAGAAGGCGACGUGGCUACAGGGAAUGUAAAUGGUGAUACCAUCGUCAUGUGUGACGCAGCACUCGAGGCAUUUGGCCACAUGACCCGAGAGCUCGGGCGGAUGAUGUCCACUGUUGUCCAGGCUCGACGCCAAGUCUGGCUGUCACAGUCGACUGAGGCCUCGAGGAGAAGCCUCAGGAGCCAUCCGGUAGAGCCAGGAACAGUGUUUGGCUCAGCUGCUCAGGAAGCGCUCGAGAGGACUUUUCAGGCGGGGCAGACCAGACAACAGCUUGCAAGUCUCCUUCGCAUGCCUCCCCCUAGCAGGCCCCCCUCUGGCAGAGGUUGGGCCACAGCUGCCCCCAGGGCUUGCCCUCCACCACCACCACCACCACCUCACACUGUGGGCAAACGAUGCCCUCAGCGACCUACACAGGCACAGACCCGCGACUCAUGGGCCUCCGCCCCAUUACCCUCCAGGCAGUUUCGGGCCCGGGACCCUGGACGACCCCUCACCAGGGCCCCUAGGGGUCAGGGGGCCAGGCGCAGAAGCUACAGGGCCGGCCGUCGGAAUGUUUUCACACUGGCAGCUCAGGUACUGGGCUGCUCGAGCUUCAGACCCGUGGGUGGUUACUACCUUAACUUUUGGGUACAAGCUUCAGUUCCGACGUGGCCCCCCACAGCUGGCUGGGUCAAAAUGACAGUUAGCAGCAACCUGGCAAAGGCCCUUGCGUUAGAGCGGGAGCUCUCUGUCCUCCUGACCAAGGGUGCCAUAGAAGCAGUGGAUCCCCUAUCACACCCCAGGGGGUUUUACUCGACUUAUUUCCUCGUCGAAAAAAAAACUGGUGGACAUCGUCCCAUCCUGGACCUCAGGGGACUCAACCGGUUCCUCAAGGUCAUGCCCUUCCACAUGCUGACCACGACAGAGGUGUUGCAGACUGUUGCCUGCGGGGAGUGGUUCACAUCUGUGGACCUGGAAGAUGCAUAUUUCCAUGUCCCCAUCGCUCCUGGAACACAGGUCCUUCCUUCGAUUUGCCUAUCGAGGCCGCCACUGGCAGUUCCGCGUGCUACCGUUUGGCCUCUCUCUGUCUCCAAAGUUUUCUCCAGGUGUGUUGCAGCCGCAUUAGUGCCACUACAAUCACAGGGCAUGAAGAUACUCCCUUAUCUGGACGAUUGGCUGGUGUGCGCACCAUCCCGGGCAUAGGCCGCAGAGGAGACAGCGUGCCUCCUGGCCCACAUGGCCCAACUGGGACUCAAGGUGAAUGUCAAAAAGAGCUGCCUUGUACCAUCACAAACAACAACAUUCAUUGGUCUGGCCUUGAACACCAUAACAAUGAAAGCCUGUCCGUCCCCCCGCUGGGUGGACGAUAUUCUCGAUGUUCUGCUCCUUUUCCGGGGAGGCAGGCAAUUGCCACUCCUCACAUUCCUCCAUCUCCUGGGCAAAUUGACUUCUGUUGCAGUGGUUGUCCCGCUGGGUUUGUUGUCGCUACAUCUCAGGGGGUGUUCCCAUGGGGUCUAUCCCGUCCCGCGGGGAGAUUGUUUCUACCGACGCCUGCCUGUCAGGCUGUGGUGCGGUGUGGCAGGGCAGGACAGCUCGCGGUCAGUGGUCUGUGGAAGUUGGUGCAGAGCACAUCAAUGUGCUGGAGCUGCGAGUGGUGCACUUGGCCCUUCAGCACUUUCUGCCAUACCUGAAAGGCAAGCAUGUCCUUGUCAGAUCAGACAACACCUCAACGGUGUAUCACAUCAACCACCAGGGCGGGACCAAAUCUGCACGGCUGCUCCAGGUGUCCAAGGACCUCCUGACAUGGGCAGCCCCCCGCCUGGCCAGCCUACAGGCAAUGUAUUUACCGGGAGAGCAAAAUCAACCUGACGAUUUUCUCUCCCAUCAGAAGCCUCCUUCGGGGGAGUGGCGCCUCCAUCCAGAGGUGGUGCAUGCAAUCUAGGGCCGCUACGGCAGGGCAGAGAUAGACCUCUUCGCUUCGGAAGCAUCAACUCACUGCCCUCUCUGGUUUUCCCUAGCAGAGACAACCAGCCCUCUGGGCCAGGAUGCAUUGGCUCACCCAUGGCCCAGAGGCACUUCUUUACGCCUUUACGCCCCUCCCUCUGAUACGGCCACUUCUACAGAGGGUUCUUCAGGGGGGUCACACCAUACUUCUGGUAGCCCCUUUCUGGCCAGGGAGAACUUGGUUUCCCCUGCUGCACAAACUAUGCCGCAGUGCACCAUGGUGUCUUCCAGACAGGAAGGACCUACUCUCGCCGCUAGGGGGCCGGAUCUGGCAUCCCGAACCCUCUCGCCUCAAACUGUGUGUUUGGGUGCUGGGGGGCCCGAACUGCUGCUGAGCAGCUGUGGGGACCAGGUGCAACGUACCACCAUGAACGCGAGGGCGCCAUCUACCAGGUUACAAUAUGACAAUAGAUGGAAGCUGUUUUCCACUUGGUGUCAGAAUCAGGGUGACGACCCAGUGCAUUGCUCCAUGCCUGUGGUCCUGGAGUUCUUGCAGUCGCUCCUGGGUAAGGGCAGAUCUCCGUCUACCCUGAAGGUCUACGUGGUCUACGUCUAUCAUGCCAUCACGCCAGAGUUGACGGUGUCACGUUGGGAAGCCGCAGCCUGGUGUCCUUAUUCCUGACGGGGGCUCGGAGGCUGAACCCUCCUGGAACCCAGAGAGUUCCGGCAUGGGAUCUUAACAUUGUAUUGGAUGCCCUAAGCAAGCUUCCUUUCGAGCCUCUGGUGCAGGCAGACCUGAAGUGGCUGUCAUGCAAGACUGCAAUCCUUCUGGCAAUUACAUCUGCAAAGCGUGUCAGUGAGCUUCAUGCCCUAUCAGUCAGCGAAUCAUGUCUGAGGUGGAAUUCGGACGGGUCAGGUGUCACCUUAUGGCCGAACAUAACAUUCCUCCCCAAGGUGCUGUCUCAUUCACACAUCAACCAGCCUAUACGGCUGUCCCGGUUUGACCCUCCACCAGGAGAGAGGACAGACAGGCUGGAGCUCUCUUGCCCGGUGCGGGCCCUGAGGGCCUAUAUUGGGGCUACUCCGGGCAUUCGGUGGUCUGAACAACUCUUUGUUUGCCUUGGUGGCCCUAAUGCAGGUUGCGCUCUCUCUAAGCAGCGCCUGUCCCACUGGGUCCUGGACACUAUUAGCUAUGCCUACAAGGCCAGCAACCACCCCAUUUCACCGGGUAUAAGCUGUCACUCUACCAGAAGUGUCUCAACAUCGUGGGCCGCAAUGCAAGGGGUGUCAUUGGAAGAUAUAUGUGCCGCUGCCUCGUGGGCAUCGCCGGGCACUUUCUCGAGGUUUUAUAGAGUGAAUGUUGCCACCCCUCAUCUAUUGGGUGUGGUCCUUCUCCUGGAGUCGUCUGAUUCUACCCUCUGAGGUUUAAACACCACCUCUGGCGGUCAGCAGGGAUGAAAUAGAACGAAAGUUACGUAUGUAACUAUGGUUCUAUGAAUCCCGAAUGACCGCCAGAGCUCAUGUCACUCAGAAUCCUCAGGCUCUCAUUCGAAGAUUCUGUAGGGACUGACCCCCUGAUGGCCUCCGGAAGUUAUAGACUCUCCCGGAGCAUCAGGGGUCACUCGUGACCAUUUUGGUAUAAGUACUCAAACUACGCAUGCGCGAAGGGAAUAUUCAGUGCUUUAAGCACGGCCUCUGGCGGUCAUUCAGGAUUCAUAGAACUGUAGUUACAUACGUAACUUUCGUUUGAAAUUAUAUUAUCAGUCUCAUUAUGAUACUUAUACAUCGAACAGCUUCUUAUCUGCAAGUAUUUCCAGAAAUUUCCUUCCCAAACGAAACCGAAUUGUUCCUUUAUAUUAUUAUAUGACCUGAACCCACCGUUUUCAUACAAAUCACCAAUGGUGCUUAAACCACGGGAAUGCCACUGCCUCCAGUACACAGUAUUAUAUAUAUAUAUAUAUUAGGGCUGUCAAUCGAUUAAAAUAUUUAAUCGCGAUUAAUCGAAUUUUGAUCAUAAUUAAUCAUGAUUAAUCGCAAAUUGAUCGCAUAUUUUUGAUCCAUUCUAAAUCAAUCAAAUUGUAAUACUUUUAUCAACAUGAGAAUCAACACGAGAACAGAUCGUGGAUUUUCGUGGAUGCGAUUUGUAUGAUUUCGCAGACCAGCGUCCUGCACAAUGCUAAUCGGCCGACAAGCGGUAGCCACCCAUUUAGCGAUCGCUGUUAUAAGUUUGCGUUUAGUAGAGCUCUCCAUCUGUUUACCUUGCACAUUCAGCGUUGUUUGCUUGAGGCGGGGAGACGCGGGGCUCUCUGCAUCAGCUGUGUGCUUGGCCGACAAGUGAUAUUUGAGACUGGACGUACUCCGGUGUUAACUAAAUUCAGCUCGGCAGGAAACACAAAUGACUUUUGUCCUGUCAAGAGAGCCAUCUGGCAAGGCUUUGUAGCUGAACUCUCCGUUCAAAAUAGUGUUCUUAUCCAUUAUAUCCUAGUUACUGCUCACAGGGAUUUGUUUAUGUCUGCCGCGGAAUCAGUCAGUGCACUACUUCCUGAUUUGCGAUACUACGGAGUGCCCCGAGGCUCACAUAGCCUGGACACCUCACCAACUGUUCCUCUACAACAGCAAGAAUAUCCACGCGAUGUGUGUAUAGUUUGGUCAAGCCAGACUAAGGCUUGCGUUAAUCGUGCGUCAAAAAAAUUAGUGGCGAUAAAAAUCACUCGAUUUAACGCGACAAUAACGCGUUAACUUUGACAACCUUAAUAUAUACUGUAUAUAUAUAUAUAUAUAUAUAUAUAUAUAUAUAUAUAUAUAUAUUUACAUAUAUGUAUGUAUGUAUAUAUUUAUAUAUAUACACACAUUUGGGUUAAAGUUGAACUCAGUGGAGGAUGUGGUGGAGAGAUAUACACUGAGAAAGGUGGAGGCUAUUCUAAAGAACAUGGAUCACUCACUUCACAACACCUUAAUGGAUCAAAGUGCCAAUGGUUGUGGAUGGCUCCUCUCUGUUCGCUGCAGGACAGAAGAUUCAGAAGAUAUUUUGUACCCACAGCCAUCAGACUUUAUAAUUCUUCUAUAAAUAGUAGAUGACAUGAAACAUGAGAAUUGAAUCAAUAACGUUCUUCUCGUCUUAUCAGCGUUUAUUGGGCCAAUAUGAAUGACCACACAACGUAAGCAGAGCCUGUCUUUGCAAUGAUGAAAGUAUCCUGAAAUCAGCUGAUGCAGUGGUCAUACCAUGUGAUGCUCUUAUAUCAGUCCUGUGCUCUUUCUAUGAUGGGUCUAACUUAAACUGUGAACUGAGUAGUUACUCUGAUUCUGUCUGUAUCCCCACUCAGCAGUUUACUAAGAUGAUACCCAAGCUGGUUGUUUCUGUCUGUGCAGGUGGUGUUGGAUCCCUAACUGGCUGCCAUCAUGGUGUCCCACCUCUCAGAUCCAGCUGCAGACCGCAGAGGACAAGAUGCUGCGAUGUAGGCAACAACCCUUACUCCCUAUACAAGUGCCAUUUUGACUAUAGGAGAUUUGUCUUAAAAAGAAGAAAGGAUUAGUGGUGUUUAAAAAAAAAUCAAUAUGUUUGAAUAUUAAAAGAUGAAAUAAUAUAAACCUCUUUUUUUGUUUAAAGGGUCACUUUGCAAGGCUUUUUGCCUUUAUUGCAAAGCAGAGACACUGAGCCGAGGGAAGAGAGAGUAGACAUGCUGUAAAUAGUCAGAGCUGCAGUAUCCUGCAUAGUGACCCCCUUUACCCUGACAUAUAACAUUUAUCUCUAGGUACUGAUUUAUUUUCUUUUGUUUUGCAAAAACCAAAGAGCAUUUGUCAAACUUUAGAGGAUUUUAAAGACAGCAAAGGUUAGGAGUCAUUUGAGCCAUAUCAGACAUUGUAGCUUCGAUCAGUGUCACAGUUUAAGUUCAGAAUUAAAUCACUCUAGGACAGCAGCAUAUUGUUUUUUAUUUUCACAUUCCUCUUUUUUUUCUCCAGGUGUCGACAGCUUUUUCUCCAAACAGCGCAUCCCCAUCUCUAACGGUAACUGGCUGUGGACCCUGACCAUCAGCAGUGACCAUGUCAAAAACAAAACCCCUUUAGUUCUCCUGCAUGGGUUUGGAGGUGGAGUGGGUCUUUGGGCUCAGAACCUGGAUACUCUCUCCCAGCGUGGGCCUGUCUAUGCAGUGGACUUGCUGGGCUUUGGACAGAGCAGCAGGCCUCAGUUCUCCACAGUCACCCAGGAGGCUGAGGAGCAGUUUGUGGAGUCUAUAGAGCAGUGGAGGGCUAAAAUCGGUCUGGAGUCCAUGAUACUGCUAGGACACAACCUGGGCGGAUACCUGGCUGUGUCAUACUCUAUUAAAUAUCCACACAGGUAGGUGCAAGGUAGAUGCUUUCUCUUCUGCUUCUGUUUAGGGAUGUGAUUUUUUUUUUUUUUAUCUUUGGUUCUUAUUUAUAAGUUUGGUGUGACAAAUGUUGUACCAAGGGCAACACAACCAGCAGGAAAUGUGGAUCGAGUCCAGACCUUUACUAGCAGGAAUGUCUGUCUGGCACAGAGAUGACGGUAGAACUUUAUUGAUAUAUAGGGAUGCUAUAUACAAGUUGUAGCCAAAAUUAUUAGCCCCCCCUAUGAAAUUUUCAGUUUUUUUUCUAAAAUUUCCCAAGUGCUGUUCAACAGAUUACUGAUUUUUUUACACAGCUUUUCCAAACAUCCUAGUUUUAUUUUGGAUCCUUGCAUUAUUUUACUUUGCACACAGAAACAAAAUUAUUUCACAAAAACCAAAAACUACAAGGGUCAGAAAUAUUAGCCCCCCUGAGCUAAUAGUCAAUUGUGUGUCCUUUUUGCUGGAUAAUAGCAUGCAGUCAUUUGCUGUAGUUUGUAACAAGGCUCUGGCACAUCUCAUGAGGAAUCCCAGCCCAUUCCUCUUCAGCAAAUCUUUCAAGCUCCUCCAGAUUUGAUGGUCUUCUAGUAUGGACCCUGGUCUUCAGUGCAGCCCACAGAUUUUCAAUGGGAUUUAAGACAGGGCUUUGUGCAGGCCAGUCAAUAAUGUUCACUUUGAUUUCCUCGAGGUUGCUUCUCACCAGGAGCGCUGUAUGUUUUGGGUCGCUUCAAAUCUUCACAUGUCCUUCUUUCUUCAUUAUUCCUUCAACCUUGACAAGAUUCCCAGUUCCAGAUGCACUGAAACAUCCCCACAGCAUGAUACUCCCACCACCAUGUUUAACUGUGGGGACAGUGUUCUUGGGGUAAUUUACGCCUCUCCCUUCUUCCUCCAAACAUAAGCAAUGUCUCUGUGGCCAAAGAGCUCUAAUUUGGUCUCAUCUGACCAAAGAACACGUCUCCAGUAUGCAUCUUUCUCCAGAUUGUCUUUAGCAUACCUCAGUCUAGCUUGAAGGUGUCUCUUUUGUAGAAGUGGAGUUUUUCUUGGCCUGCAUCCUCGCAGUCCAUUUCUGUUCAGGGCUCUAGAGACUGUCUUGUUUGACACCACAAUUCCUGACUCGGCUAAGUCAGUGACUACUGUUUUGGUGGUUGUUCUAGGGUGUUAAGACCCACCCCCCACCAGUUUUCUUUCCAGUCUCUUUGAAAUUUUUUGCCUCCUACCUCUCCCAGACGUGUUCUGUACUGUGUGGCUCUCCUUGAAUUUCUUGAUGAUACUUCUCACUCCACUUCUUGACACUUGGAAACACAAUGAUAACUUUUUAUAUCUUUCUCCUGCUUUGUGAGCAUCAACAAUUAUUUUUCUGCAGUCUAAACUGAAUUCUUUUGUUUUUGCCAGGAUGCCUUCUCAAGUGACAGCUCAAACACGUAACAAGGUUUUUAUACUGUGUGUAAAGUGUAGGACGACCCUUUGUUUUAACUUAAUUGAUGGAUUGAUGACAAGCUGUGAGCUCUCAAAAGUGAAAGCUGCACAAUGCACAAUAGUGGUUUUUGUUGUGGCUCAAUAAAAACAUCAAUUCUUAAGGGGGCUAAUAAUUUUGACCCCUGUAGUUUGGGGUUUUUGUGAAAUAAUUUAGUCUCUGUGUGCAAAGUAAAAUAAUGUCAGGAUCCAAAACAAAACUAGGAUGUUUGGAAAAGCUGUUUAAAAAAACCAUUAAUCUGUUAAACAGCACUUGGGAAAUUUUGGAAAAAACUUAAAAUUUCAUAGGGGAGGUAAUAAUUUUGGCCACAACUGUAUAUAAUAUAUUGCAUUCAUUCCUUCUUUGAUUAGUCUGUUAUGUUUUCUGUACAUACCAAGCUGCUGGAAUUCAAAUUUCCCUGAGGGAACCUUUCCAAAAGUAUCUAUCAGGUCUAUUGCAUCUAAUCUAAUCUAUUUUUGAAAGGACAGUGCAGCUGAGAUCUUUACUGUUUUUUGGUAAUGAGCUUCAUUGAAAUGUGCUGCAUGUACCCCUGCAUGAUUUGUUUUGUUUACUGCUGUUUUAAAAAUACUAACACAAACACAGUACUUAAUAGAGUCAACACUUUGAAGCUGCUUCCUCUAAGUCCUGAUUUCAUAAAACACUGGUGAAGCAGUGCAGCAUUUGUUUGAUGAUACAUUUACAGUCACAAUUCAAAAUAAGUCAGGAUGCUGAGUAAUUGUUCAUAAAAACCUCAGCAGGAAGUACAUCAUUAUUAUUAUUAUUAUUAUUAUUAUUAUAACUGUGCAGGCUCCAAUAAUGCUGAAGAAUAUCUCCAGGUUUAGGAGAAACAUCUGCUGCCAUCCUGUAAUGACUUAAAUUUUCUCAAAUUAACCUUAAUCACACUCAAGGGGGGACUUAAACGGAAAAUAGAAAUGCCUUCAUGUCAGAAAAUGAAACCCAAUGAAAUAAAUACAGAGUCGUCUCCAAUGACAAACAAUAAAGCUCUCAAGUUACCUUUUAUAAAGUAAAAGCGUUUCAGAUUUUAUCACACAACAAAAAGCAAAUGCACGCCCCACGCGUAAAGCUAAAUCAAACGUAGAUCACAACCACAAUAGUGACUAAAUCACAAAUCAGUUUAAAAUCCAACAGAGAAGAGAAGGGAUCUGAGCAGCGCUCCCUGCUCAGAUCCUUUACUUAAUUUACUUUUUGUUGACACUGUCACAAUCCAGACUCUUUCAGGGAGGACCUUCAUAUUUUAGCAACACAAUGACAAACCACAUUCUGACAACAGGGAUUACAACAGCAUGGCUCUGUAGGAGAAGAGUCCUGCUGAUAAAAUGGUCUGCCUGCAGUCCUGACUUAUCCUCCAUUGAAAACAUCUGAAGCAUCAUGAACCCAAAAAAACAGCAAAGGAGACCCUGAACUGUUGAUCUUGAACUCCAGAAACUGGUCUCCUUGUUGCUCACAUCCAAUCUAAAAUCAGUGUGCAUUUUUCAUAAAUCAUAUACAUAUGUUGCCACUGCAUUAUUCUGAACUAAAUACUAAGUUUAACAAUUUGCUGUCAUUUGAUUCCAAAAUUGCUUUUCAGUGUUAAUAUGGACUUUAAAAUGCACAAAGAUGGGAUUUUAAAUAUCUAUAAUAAUGCCAAUAAUAAUAAAAAUAGUGAUGUGUUGUGAUUGAAAAAUGUAACCUUUUGACAGUCCUAGUUUAAACAUGUCAGCAGCAUGUAGCUAUCUAUUAUGACAAAGUUAUAAUAGAUGUAAACUUCUGCAGUAAGGGAGAGUCAUAUUUACCCCCAAAUUUGGAGGAGACCAGAAGACAGCAAAAAGAAAGUUUAACUGUAAUUCAUCAAGUAAGAACAACUUCAAAUAAAUAUUUAAGUUGCUCUCCAUACAGUACGGGCCAAAAGUUUGGGCAUACCUUCUCAUUCAAUGUCUUUUCUUUAUUUUUUUAAAUGACUAUUUACAUUGUAGAUUAUCACUGAAGGCAUCAAAACUAUGAAUGAACACAUGCGAAAUUUUGUACUUAUAAAAAAGUGUGAAGUAACUGAAAACAUGUUUUAUAUUCUAGUUUCUUUAAAAUAGCCAGCAUUUGCUCUUGAUGACAGAAGUACUUAGUGACUGACUCUGUCAGUCACGAAGUAACCCUGACAAGGCACACCUGUGAAGUAAAAACCAUUUCAGAUGUCUACCUCAUGAAGCUCAUUGAGAGAACAGCGAAGGUUUGCAGCGCUAUCAAAAAAGCAAAGGGUGGCUACUUUGAGAAAUCCAAAAUAUAAAACAUGUUUUCACUUAACACUUUUCUACUUAAGCACUACUCCACAUGUGUUCAUUCAUAGUUUUGAUGCUUUCACUGAGAAUCUACAAUUUAAAUAGUAAUGAGAAUAAAGAAAAUGCAUUGAAUGAGAAGGUGUGUCCAAACUUUUGGCCUGUACUGUACAUAAACUGAUCUUUGAGUGUUAUUUUGACCUCUUGACUAAAAAGAAAAUGAAUUGAAUGGUGUUUAUAACCUCUUUCUGCUGCCCCCAGGUGGUUAGAAAAAAUAUUACCGUAGGCAAAACCUGCUAAAAAAUAAAAUUGAACCAGCCCAAAUUCUGGACCAGGCCUGAAGUUUGCCAUGAGUCUAACGUUAGUUAAGAGCUGAAACAAAGAGGAGUUUCCUUUAAAUGAGGACUGUUAGAACAACACUGUAUAGAACCAAGAGUUAGAGUCUGCCCAGGGGGAUGAAAAUACGCAUGAGGGUGAAUAAUGAGACCUCCCUGUUGGUGUUAACAUGACUGUAGUGUAAAAGGCCAGCAUAUGUACAGGAUGCAGCUGUAGCAGAGUGCCUGUGGAUGCAGACAGCAUGUGUUAACAGCAGUGUCCUCCAAACCUCUCUCCUCCUACCACACUCUAUCUCUCCUGAAUCAUCUCCUCUUGCUUUGAGCUUCCAGCGGGCACUAGUCUCUCCCCAGAGGAGUGUCUGAUAAAAUGUUCUCAUUUCUUAUCGUCUGCCUUAAUCACUUAUGCCCCCAAAAAAACUAUUUUCUCUUCUCAUAUUGUUAUCUCACUGCUCCAAACAGCCUUCGAGUUAAAACACGUACUGCUGCUCAUCAGGGACAUAAUGCAAGUCUUAAUUUGAGCUAAACUGUGCUUUUUGUUAAUGUAGUAACCUAAAGGGAAAGUUUAUAAUUCAACUUAGUGGAUUACAUAUUGGGAGACUGUUUGACUCAUGUGAUGCAGUCUGCAGAGAUUUCUAGAUCUCUGUUUUAUCGUCAUAACUCAACAGGGGGGCAGUGACACUUUGCCUCUAGACAUUGAACUGGUUAUGCAAAUCACAAUGACGUUAAGGUGUCUCUUGUGGUCAAACGUGACUUUGGUGUGAACAAACAUGGUGGACUACAAAAGCUUAUUGUCAUUAGCUGCUCAGCUUCCUGGUCCUUCUCCUGAAGUAGUCAUUUCUUUUCAGUGCCUCCUCUGGUAUGUUUGACCAAACACAUUGGUGUUGUCGCCAUGUAUCAGCAAGUAGGUUCUACAUUUUUGAAAACCAUCUGUCAUUGCAAUGGCUGCAUUUGUUGUGUUUCUUUCCUCAGUCAGCUUGCGCACAUGUUUGAUAGUAAAACAAGCCAAAAACCUAGCUCUGGAUAACAAGUUUCGAUGACUGUUCUGUCUCCCUUGAGGCCCGGUCUGCAGAGAAAAGUUGCCCUGUUUACAGACACUAAAAGUAUCUAUGGAAAGGUCAUGAUCUGAGCCGGAGAAAGUGCUUCAUCAUUGUGUUUUGCUUUCAAGGGACACAAAGUUCUCCUGCUGUGAGAGUGACUGUCAUGUAUGCUGAACAUGCUCUGCUAUGUCCUUCGAAACCACAGCCAUCCCAGUGAAAAUCAGCCCCCAUAAGUAGUCCAGCACAUAACCACUGCUAGUUAUCUGCACACUCAUUCUUUGGUCAAUGAAACAAAUGAGUUUUUCAUUAACUUCUCAACCUUAGGACAUGUUAUUUGGUGGUUUUUGCUGUCUUUUUGUGGUUUAUCUUUUGAUUUUACUGCCUGCCAUGGUUGUGCUAUAUAUGUGAGCAUGUUUUGAGAGUAAAUUUUACUUUCUUUAAUUGUGACAAAAGUUUACAUACGCUUGUAAAGAACAUAAUGUCAUGGCUCUCUUGAGUCUCCAGUUAUUUUUUACAACUCUGAAUUUUCUCUGAUAGAGUGAUUGGAACAGAUACUUCUUUGUCACAAAAAACAUUCAUGAAGUUUAGUUCUUUCAUGACCUUAUUAUGAGUUAACAGAAAAAUUGACAAAAUCUGCUGGGUCAAAAAUAUACAUACAGCAAUAUGAAUCAGCAAUUUUGGUGACUUAAAAAGUUGUCAAUGAAAUGAGCUUCAUAGCAUGGCCUCUUAACUUCUUGUGAGUGAUUCUGAGUGACUACAGCUGGUGACUUCUCUGAGGCCAUUUAAAUAGGGCUCAUGGGAUACAAACGCCCACAAACGCUACAAUGGGAAAGUCAAAGGAGCUCAGCAUGGAUCUGAAAAAGCGAAUCAUUGACUUGAACAAGUCAGGAAAGUCACUUGGAGCAAUUUCAAAGCAGCUGCAGGUCCCAAGAGCAACAGUGCAAACAAUUAUUUGUAAGUAUAAAGUGCAUGGCACUUUUUUGUCAUUGCCUCAAUCAGGAAGAAAACGCAAGCUAUCACCUGCUGCUGAGAGAAAAUUGGUCAGGAGGGUGAGGAGUCAACUGAGAACCACCAAACAGCAGAUCUGCCGAGAAUUAGAAGCUGCUGGAACACAGGUGUCAGCGUCCACAGUCAAGUGUGUUUUGCAUAUCCAUGGACUGAGAGGCUGCUGUGCAAGAGGGAAGCCCUUGCUCCAAAAGUGGCACCUUAAAGCUCGACUGAUGUUUGCUGCUGAUCACAUGGACAAAGAUAAGACCUUCUGGAGGAAAGUUCUGUGGUCAGAGGAAACAAAAAUCAAGCUGUUUGGCCACAAUGCUCAGCAAUAUGCUUGGAGGAGAAAAGGUGAGGCCUUUAACCCCAAGAACACCAUGCCUACCGUCAAGCACAGUGGUAGUAGUAAUAUGCGGUGGGGCUGUUUUGCUGCCAAUGGAACUGGUGCUUUACAGAGAGUCAAUGGGAUAAUGAAGAGGGAAGAUUACCUUCAAAUUCUUCAAGAUAACCUAAAAUCAUCAGCCCGAAGGAUGGGUCUUGGGCGCAGUUGGAUGAUCCAACAGGACAAUGACCCCAAACACACAUCAAAAGUGGUAAUGGAAUGGCUAAAUCAGGCUAGACUUAGGGUUUAAGAAUGGCCUUCCCAAAGUCCUGACUUAAACCCCAUUGAGAACAUGUGGACAAUGCUUAAGAAACAAGUCCAUGCCAGAAAGCCAUCAAAUUUCACUGAACUGGUCAAAGAUUCGACCAGAAGCUUGUGGAUGGCUACCAAAAGUGCCUAAUUGAAGUGAAAAUGGCCAAGGGACAUGUAACCAAGUAUUAGCACUGCUGUAUGUAUAUUUUUGACCCAGCACAUUUGGUCAGAUUUUCUGUUAACCCAUAAUAGAGUCAUAAAAGAACCAAACCUUAUGAAUGUUUUUUGUGACAAAGAAGUAUCUGUUCCAAUCAGAGAAAAAUCAGAGUUGUAGAAAUAACUGGAAACUCAAGAGAGCCAUAUAUACAUAUAUAUAUAUGUAUAUGUGUAUAUAUAUAUAUAUAUAAUAUAUAUAUAUAUAUAUAUAUAUAUAUAUAUAUAUACACAUAGUCAUUUUGCCUGCAGAGUGAAGCAUAUACUGUUGGUGGAGCCCUGGGGUUUUCCUCAACGACCUGAUACAGUGGAGGCAGAUCGUCCCAUCCCUGUAUGGAUCAAAGCUCUGGGUGCCAUGUUCAGUCCCUUCAACCCCCUGGCUGGCCUGAGACUGGUGGGACCACUCGGUAAGAUCUGGGUAAUAAGGUUUGUGGUACCUGCUGUAUGAUGUUGAUGCCAUGAAGAAAUGAUUCCUGAUGUGGACCCAGUAGGUCAUGUAGCAAAGCAGAUCUAUCCUCCCUGUAUGAUACCAUCUGCUGCAGUCCUGGUCCAGAUACCCCAAUGAAAAAGAUAAUGCAUUACCGUGGGAAUAAGCUGAAGCUGGUGGUUUCUUUCCUGCCUCUGCACCCUUCUGUUGUGUCAAACGUUAAGAAGUAGCCCCGUCUUCUACUGACACCCCUAAUGGUUUUGACACCUGAGCUUUUAUCCCCUGCAGGUCCCACCCUGGUUCAGACUCUAAGACCUGACUUCAAAAAGAAAUUCUCUUCCAUGUUUAGUGACAACACCGUGUCUGAGUACAUCUACCAUCUGAACGUACAAACCCCCAGGUCUGUCUCUGUUUCCCUCAAUACUGCUGCUUACGUUCAUAAGUACAACUGAAGCAUUUCAAUCAUAAGAGUUGUUGUAGUCAUUAGAGAGAAUGGCUUUCUAAUGUUUGACUGUCAGUGUUUCUGGGGUCAUUGUUCCUCUAUCACAGUGGAGAGACAGCUUUUAAAAACAUGACUGUCCCCUACGGCUGGGCAAAGAGACCAAUGUUACAGAGGAUGGACAAGCUUCAGUCUGAGAUCCCCAUCAGCAUCAUCUACGGAUCCCGCUCCAGCAUAGACAGCAACUCAGGCAGCACCAUCAAAGAGAUGAGGCCGAGCUCUCAUGUGGAAAUCAUUGUAAGUCCAUGAUUAAUAUUAGUAUGAAUAUUUUAGUGCUGAACCAGACUCCAGACCUUUUUUUUUUUUGCAGGUAAAUUGAUACAAAGCUCUGACUGUUUCUUCUUCAUGGUUCAAACUCUGCUACAGUGCAUGUGUGCUGCUUUACCAUUGAGACACAUGUUGAUCCAUUUUUCAAUGAGCGCAGUGAACAGCUGUACUCUGAAAAACAUGGCGGUCCUUUUAAUGACCAUAAAAUGUGAUCCAAUGUGAGACUCAUGUCAGCUUGUAGCUUGUAUUAAAGAAUAGUUUCAAUUCAGUGGUUUAUUUAAAAAAAUUGAAUCCCCAUUUUGUUGUCUGGAAAAGAGAAUAAGAUGAGCAGCAACAGCUGCGCAGCUCGCAGCCUCCUCAGAUCAGCUGAAAAGAGAUCAGUCAUGACUGAGUUUUAACAUGAACUUUUUUCGAGUGUCUUUUCACUAAAUUAAUCACCAUGUCUUUGUUGUAAAGAAUCAACAGCAGCUCAGCAAGCAGCAUCUCCUGAACUCUUUAGUCUGCUGAAGAGUAAGAGGUUUGAUCUGCUUCAUUGUUGGGAUUUUACCAGUUUUGUUGAGUUUGUUUCGAUAAGGAUCAGUCCUUUAUGGAUAACUCACCUGUGGUCAGAAAACUCUGUGAAGAAAUAGCCUCAGUGAAAUCUAUGAUCAUAUUUACCUACUUCGUUAGCUCUGUUGUUACAAACAGCAAAGCUAGGAAGAAGCUGAGGAGCUAAAAUAGGAUCUUCAUGUACUCAUCAACCUCACAUGAGUAUGACUGUACAGUUAGGGCAUAAGACGUUAUUACUGCUGUGACUUCAAUUUGUUGCCAUGCCUUUUGUGUUUUUAAGGGUUGGGUGUGUGUUUAUGAACAUCGUUGAGGUAACUUGCUUUUAUAACUGUAUCAAGGGUAAUUCAUUACUUUUUGUUCACGCUGUCCAGCAAUCUGUGUUGUAAACAACCUUAAAGUUUUUUAACUGCACAGAAAAUAACUAUCAUCCUGUCAUCCUCCUUGCACCUUUUGGGAGAGAGACAGACAAUGCAGGGUCUGGAGAUGUGCAGCAAAUGGCCAAGGCUGUCAAACCAGCAACUGUUGAGACGAAGAGUGCUGCUUCUGCACAAACUGCUAAGCCGAACUGAUUCUGUGAACAACCUCCUUACUCUUUGGUUACACACAGUGCAAGGAGAAAACUAGAGAUGAACCUUUUCUCCUUUUUUUUCAUCAUAUGCAGUCACACCAGUGAGUUAAUGAGGUAAUUAAAGGGCCAUACAAGCUGUUGAAUGUCCUUCAGCAACCAAAGAGUUUAGUUUCUAUUGAAGACAAAAUGCAGCUCCUUGAUUUAAGAAAGCGUUUCAGGUGAGGAGAUGUUUUAAAAUAAAACUUUCUCUACAACGUAGUUUUAUAAAAUCAAUAAAUGACAGACAUAAUGCUGUACAGGAAAAUCUAUACUGUCUUUUAUGGCCUCUCUUUUUAUAUUGCCUCCUGGUUUAAUCACCCACUUCCUUUCCUGUCCGUCUGCAGACGAUCCGUGGAGCCGGACACUAUGUAUACGCUGACCAGCCCGAGGACUUCAACCACAGAGUUUUGCAAGUGUGUGAAAAGUUGGACUGAACCGAGUCUGGUUACUGAACUCUGGAGAAAAAGGGGAGCAAGACUAACAACCAUCACUUAAGCAGCCAGUGUGGAGACACUGGUUCUUCAUGGAGGAAUGAGAAGUGUUUGACCUCUGAACGGAGCAGUUAUGUGACUGUGGCUCAUCAGGACAUGCUGAUGUUCAUAUGUUAUGUCAGCGCUGAGUUAUUGUCUGAAACCCGAUGAAUACGAGCUGAGAUCAUCGAUGAGCAUUUCUGCUUUUCUCAGCUCCUGCCUGUGGGCCUGAAUCACAUGCUCCUUUUACAUUACACUGUGCAGCUCACAUAUACAGUAGGUAGUCCAGCAGCCUCCUCGUCACUUGAUUAAAGGAUUGGUUAUACUGAAUUUUCUCACAAUCGCCCCUCUCAAAUACAGCGAAGAAAGGGGCCAUUUUGAAAAGCCAAAUAAUUACUGAUCACACAACCACAAAGAAGCCUGAGUGUUCAGUAAGAGUACAUUCAAAGUCCAACACGAUUUGAACAAGUGUCCCUUAUGCCAUGUCAGAGUAGUUCGGGUGGUAAUACACCAUUUUUUUUCCUGUUUGUUUGAAGGGCAGUCAUUUAUAACAUGAAACAGUGACAUUGAGACGUACUGUAACAGAAUCCAGAAGGUCCAGUGACAGUGUCAUGUAUUCACUCUGUCGUGUGUUGAGCUGUUUGUGGUUUUUUAUAUGAUACAGAGAGCAAGUGUCUCUUUUGGACUUCACUGAAUCAGCACCAGGAAGCUGCUGUGGAUUGUUCUGCGGCCAAUCAUAAUCCUUUUUCUAGAGUCAGUCCUCUGUGUCUUUUCAUAUAUCAGGAGUUUGUUUCAUUCAUUCUGUGACAUGAGCAAAGAUCAGCUACUGCCUGAGGUGAAAUGGAUAAUUACAAUCCACAAGUUUUCAUUGUGCAGCUGCAGCGACAAAAAGCAUCAACAGGAUAGAAACAGAUGAUUUAUCCUUUGUGCAGGUUGACACCGUUACAACAGCUUCAACCACAGAGGAUACUGAAUCCAGCUCUGGUCAUAAAAAUAAUAUUUAGGCAUGUGCAUAUUAUUAUUUAUGAAGAUAUUAAAUGAUAAAUUACAUAUAUUCCAGGAAAUAUAAUCAGAUAUCCAGCAUGCAACGUAUUAAGUAUAUGCAAGUAAGUGCACAAUUAAAUUCUUCAUCGAAGCCUGAUAAAUAUAUAUAUAUAUAUAUAUAUAUAUAUAUAUAUAUAUAUAUAUAUUUAUGAUUUAUGUGUCAACGUAGUCUUUGCGUUUUUCCUUGACUCACUUACAGAGCUGUGAUUGUGCCCCUGCCUUAAAGGGCUCAUUCAUACAGUCUUAUGGCAACAGUUCCAAUGCACAAAUGAAGUUUUCUUAUCAAAAUAAAGUGCACCAAUAUCAGAAAUAGGGGACGACCAAUGUCAGGUCAUGAAAGCCAGAUAAGGAUUAUAAGUAUAGUAAUGUGUAUGAUUACCGAUAUUUGGGUGAUACUGAUAUGAUUUUAUUGUAAAAAUAAAAACUUAAGAAUAAGAGAAAAUUCUUUUCUCAAAUGUCCUCAACAAGCGUUUAAUUAAAGCUGAAAUGUUAAGCAAUAUAUUGAAGAGUUAACAGUUUACCAGUUUACACUUUGACACCUCACAGGGUCAUGGGACACCAAGCCAAUCAGAUAUAGUAUUUACUGGUGCAAGACAGCAGACCCAGAGUUUGAACCCAGAGCCAAAGUUACACACUUUUUACUAUCACAGUUUUCAUCAGCCACAGUAUUUAGUCUCUCUGUAGUCAGGAGCUGAUAACUGUCUGUGGUAUUGCAUUAGUUUGAUGUUGUCAAGCCAGUAUUCUGGGCUGCUGAUUCAGAGAAAUGUUUUUUGUUUUGAUAGUCAAACAGGAAAGAAAAUAUUCACAGGUCAGCCACACAUUUUGUUAAGUAUGUUUCAGAGACAUUUCAGGAGGACGGAUGAUAGCAACAAUUUAAAGCUCUGUGAGAAACUUUUAGUGUGUGUUAAUUUUGGUGCCCCCUGUGGACAAAGUGAUCUCUGACGGGUUUAUGUUGUCAAUAUGAAAAAAAUCAGCCAAAAUGUGACAUAUGAAGAUGACUCACUCAUGAAGAUCUUUGCUGUAAAAUGUGAAAAAGUCAGUCUUGAAUCUGAUGUCAGUGCAUCUCUCUAUAUAUAGAGUUUUUAUCCACUUCAGUUUAAAUUCAGUGAUCAAGAUGGCUUCUUUUCAGAGUUAUUGACUUAAACAGCUCAGAUCAGUCCAAGCUGUGUCAGGUUUUUCAACAUUUACUCUCUAACAUAUCAAAUAUUUCUGAUAUCUAAUCAGUAAAAUGGGCAAUAUUUUCUCAAACCAUUUUUGAUAUAUUUUUCCUUAAAUGUAAUCAGAGAGCUGUGACAGUGAUCUUUUUCUUUGCUGAGUGAAGAACUCAGGAUGAAAACAGCAUUUGAACUUUGAUGUGAAUUAAGAUGGAGCAUCAGGAUUUUAUGAUUUUAUGAUUCACACUUCAAUUAAAAAGUCUUUUGAAACAAAGGAGUGGAAAAAUUUGGGGGUUGUCUUUUGGUGUGAAUGUGCUGGUUACUGUUGUGUUCACUUUAUGUACAUUGGAUAUCACACUUUACUGCCAUCUGCAGCAGUUAAAAUGUAAUCUUCAGUAACCAGCACAUCACACACUUCAGCAGAGUCAGACAUGGAUGGAGGUUGGAUGUCAAUAAUUCAAACAUGAUUUUUAUGUGAAUGGUAACUUUUUAGCUGAGUUAUCCACGAAGAAAUAAAAAAAACCUUUGGAACAACCUUUAAGAGAACAACUGUCGCCAGAUAGACACUAAACAACAGCAAGGAGACUGAAAACUGCCUCAAGAGAAGAAAAGUGAUGCACAAAACGACCAAAAAGAGACUUGUAUGCACACGAAGAGAUGAUGCCUUACAUUGAAAAGGAUAAAAAGCUUUAACAAAGAGAUGCAAAAGUGCCACCAGAAGUCACAAAUGUCUCCAAACAAUGCAAAUGUAGUCUUAUUUUUGGUAAAGAGGACCGGAGGACCUUUUACAUUAAGAGUUUCAUAAUCUGUACAAGCCUUUAAGUAACGUAGUGCAAUUUUAUAAUCUACCUAUUAAAAAUGCUGGCAGCAGCUGUCUGUUCAGCCUCUUCAAGAUCAAUGCAAUCUCAGCCCCUCUACCUCCUCUGGUGCUAUUUUAAAAAGAAAUAUAUUGACCAAAUAUGUUUCUUUAUUUGAUUUACCUAGAUGCCCUGAUAUAAUCUGUGUUCAUGAUGUAAAAGGCAGAAAAUGAGGAAGAAAGUCACACAGACAAAUGAAUGCUGGAAAUAUGGGGAUGUGUUCAUGUUGUUUUCCCUGAGUCAGUGGCUUCAUUCAGGGGAUUGUGGACAUGUUAAAACAUUGUAUUUCUAAAUGCGCCCACAUCUGUCCAUGUUUCUAAGUGUAAACAAUAAAUAGUUUGAGCAUUA